AUGCUUCGAGACGAACUGCUCAAAGUGCGGGGAGAGCUGGGACGGCUUGACUCCAACGUCCUCAAAGCAGCCAUUGAAGGAGAGGCUAUACCACAAGAUUUGUCCCAUCAUGUGACGAUUCGCUGCUUGGUGAGCGGCAUUCGCCAACAUGAUGGAUUUGCUGAGGAGCUACGAGGCAAGACACAACAUCCAUCAGUCAUACGAGCACUCAACGCUCGGGCUAUCAUGAGCAACCGUCUCCCACAGCCAAAUCCACCAACACAAGAGCUCCCCUAUUGCUUCUGGUAUCCCGAUAUACCCAACGAACAGACUCUACGGCAUUUGUUGAAAGCUUAUCCGAACCCUAUAAUGCCCUACUUGGUCGCCCGUGCGUGUGCGGCUGGCGGGUAUACGGAAUUGUACGAUGAACUCGGUGUUCUGCCUGAUGUUGCUGUUGCCGAGGAAGCCCGAGACAACAAGGCCAGCGGCAAAGAAAUCUACAACAGGAUCAUGAGCGCACCGACAAGACACAAGGUCAUGGAUGAUUACAACUGCACGAUUUCCCUUCACCCGAAGCCUGGGGCUUUUCUCAAUGGCGAUGCCUGCGUGCGAUCAACUCUGGACAAGAAGCAGCCAAUUAGCCGAGACCUCUACCCGCCUUCCUUUGACAUUACCGAAGACUGGAGCUUGGGAGCUGAGGGUUCUCAUCCAGGGACGCGGCCAAUCCCGGACGAUGUGGUCUCCCUGUUGUGGAAUCCCUUGCCUCUCGAUCUUCCAACCGUGGACAAGGAUCUCUUGAUCCUCAUGGCGGCGUAUUCGGGCAACAUUGAUCGAUACGCUCGUCUGCGACGGCCACAACUCAUCAACGGUGAAGCCCAAUGCAUCGUCCGUGGGAUCUACCACAACACUUUCUUCGCUAAGUGGUGCUCCCAACAGCCCGAUCUCGAGCGUUUCCGAAAGUUUGUCUACGCCCGUUUCAUUAUGAACGAUGACCUCGCUUGGAUCGAAGAUAUCAACACUUCUCUGCAUCAAGAGAAUCUACCGUAUACGAUCUGGUACCCGAAGCUGGCAAGCCCCGAGACCUACAUGGAGCUCGCCCAAAGGGUGCCCGUCUUGAAGCAAGCAGCUGCCCACGCAAUGAUCGUGGCCAAAGACUUUGACCGCUUUGUUGAGCUUGAACCCAAGAUUAACAAUCUUUUGUACGAGGAAGUCCAAAAUCAAGGCUGCUACGACAGCUUCAUGGGAUAUGUCAAAGAACACACCUCUGCGGCAUCCAUAGCGCAGUGGGAUUCCUUUUCUGAGAUCCCGGAUGUCGACGAGGUGGCCAUGGAUGAAGCUUUGCUGUGGAAGGAGAUGAAGCCGUCGACACCGACGUCCUUGGAGGAGGUCACUCUAGACAAUGUUGGCGUCAGCAAUCGAAGGAUGCCUCGUUCCUACGAGCAGAAUGUGGCGGAUAUCAUGAAUUAUGCGUCAAGUUUUCCAAGAAAGCCAAGGGGCUCGGGCCGUGGCGGGCGAGGAGGGCGAGGAGGGCGGAGGGGUCGAUAG